UCGUCUAACUUGACGCAGCCUGAGAUGCGAAGAAGAAGAAGAAAAAAAAAGCCUGAAGGCGGAAGUUGAAGUCAAACGUGCGCAAAGAGAAACAAAGCUGGAAAAGUUUCUUCUUCUCGAAGCGACAAACAGCUGGACGUUCCAUCAUGGCUGCCAAUGACGUGUACACACCAACGACUGUGGCGGAGCCCAAAUCAUCCUGCUUCCUGAUUCCAGGAGAACCUCUGGAGAAAAUCAGGCUUCUGGUCAAACUUGCUGAAGUGCUGCUGUCCUUUGUGGCCUUCAUCGUGGAGGAGGUGGUGAACAGCUGCAUCAGCUGCACCUCGCUGUACUUCUUCGAGUUCAUCAGCUGCACGGCGUUCCUUUUCACGCUGCUACUCCUCGUCCUCCUCUACACCACGCUGCACCGUCGCCUUGGCGUCCCCUGCUGGCCCACUGUGGACUUUGUCUACACCGCCAUCAUUGGCGUUCUCUUCUUCAUCGCCUCUAUCACAUUUGCAGCAAACAGUCACUCAACACUGGAGCAGAUCGCCGUGGCGUUUGGUUUCAUGGCAUCUUUGGCAUUUGCUGUGGAUCUCGGAUUGUUCUGGAAACACAGUGGCGUUCCCUUUCUGCAGAGCAAACAGGAUCCCAGCAACGCCACACCAGCAGGAGGUGCUGCAGAGACAGAGAAACUCAACACACCAGUGAAUGGAGCAGAAUAAGUAAUUUUCCUGUGUGAACGCACGCCUUCGCAUUCUCCACACUAUACUUAUAACAUGUGACAGGGGGCGGAGCUACACUGCCCCCCUCCCCCGCCAACCUGGGCAGUGGUCCAAGGUCACAAGGUCAAAUUUUAAUGCUGUAAGACAAGACUUAUUUUUAACCAGCUGAGGGCGCUGUGCUGCAAUUAUAAAGAGCAUUUCAUAAUUGUAAUUCAGCUGUUCCCCAGCGUGUGGCGCUCUGUUGCUGCUAUCGUUUAAAUUACAAA